AUGUUUUCAUUGCAACUUCAGUUCCCCAGCUUGCCUGAUCGACCCACCAAGCGCUCUGUCCAACAUGAGUUACGACUCUUUCCGGCAAAGAGGCGAUGCAGAAUGGUGUCAUCGGUUAUCCACGAAUCUGUAGGAGAAGAAUCGAAUGCCAAUGGUUGGAUUGAUGUUUUUAUUGUGCCUGGUGAUGGCUCUAACUUUCCAUUGGUUCUCAGCGAUUCGAUGAACGAAAUGCUUGCUUCUGCUGAUGAGUUCGCCAUCAACAGUGAACUCCAUGUAAUACCAGAACCUGCGGUUGCUGAAGCUCCCAGAAGAAGCCCUAGUGUUGUUGAGAGCCAAAGACGAGCGGGCUCUUGUGCAACAGGUGAUCCUUGUUCUGCGAAAGAAGACGUCGGGGACCCUGCAACAACGUGA